AUGGUUAAGGCUCUACACCUAGGACUUUGGUUCAUUUCUGGAAACUUCCUAUCCGUACGUAAAUGGGAACCAAAGUUUGUUCCCCAAGAAGCCACUCUUACUUCUACUACCAUUUGGAUCUGGUUACCUCAAUUACCAACAGAGUUCUAUGACCAGGAUAUCUUGGAGAAAGUUGGGAGGAAGCUGGGCAAACUUCUCAAGAUAGACCAAUGUACAUCCUCUACCCUAAGGGGAAGAUAUGCCCGUAUUUGUAUCCAAGUUCCUCUGGAAACCCCAGUAGAAACAUCAAUAAUAAUAGGAGACCAUAAGCAGGUUGUGAUCUAUGAAGGAGAGGGGACUCUAUGCACCAUUUGUGGCAGAAUAGGACACACUGCACAUAUUUGCAACUAUAGGGCACCAACACCCACAGCAACCCACGAACCACAGGAUGAUCAUCAAAGAAAAGCAGUCAUUUCAGAGAAAAGUGAAUGGAAAACUGUCACCUUCCCAAGAAGACGUAAGCAGGGACAACUAAAAACAAUAAACACAAAUGAAGGUAAAAUGAACAAACCACAACAUGCUUCACGGACGGAGGAGAUACAGGUAAAUAUGUUCAAUGCCAAUUCAGAUCUGAUGAAAGAGGACCCAGCAGCGGAGCCGGUCUUCGUAACGAUCGAUCAGCCAACCCAAAACAACCCAUCAUCUUCUGCUCCAAAAAGGAAGAGCAACUCACCACCUCUUCAGAAUAUCCAUAAAGGAAUCUCCAAAGCUCUGGAGAUACUCAAGAAGAAGAAUGCUUCAGAAGAACCAGAAAUGCCUUAUGCCACACCAAGGAUGGACUCAAUUCUCUUGGACUCAAGGAAGUCGCCCCCACUCCAAAUGCGGGGUGUGCAAGGUCCAAAGAGCCCUCGUGAGGGAACUCACCAAUCACCCACAGCUCAAAUGAUGAACUACAUCAUAUGGAAUGUUAGGGAUGGGAACAAUGCCGAGUUCAAAUGGCACUGUUUAGAAAUGGUGAAAAUGUACAAGCCUGCCAUGCUUGUAUUGUUUGAAACGAAGAUGGCAGACCAUCAGUCCUUAGCCCAGCAACUCUAG